UUCACUAGACCAGAGGCAUAAUUUCCUUAUGAUGUUCCAUUUGCAUACUUCAAGGGUCCAUCUGAUGCACAGCUUAGGAUGGCCAUUGACUACAAUGGGGAAGGAACAGCUUCAGCAGAGGAGUUUGGUAUAGGUCAGAGUGUUGUUUCUCUACCUCUCAACCCUGGUGGAACUACCUCCAUCACCUUCCAAGCAGACAGAGUGGCAUUGGAACUAGAUGAGACUUUUGUGUUGGAGUUGACCCUACUUGCAAUUGGUGUGGCAAAUGGCCAAAGGGGAGAUUUUGAAUCAUCUUUACAAAAUGUGUUCUUUCGAAGUAGGCAGGAGUUUAUUAUACAAGAUAGCACAGCCCUCGUUUUUCGGUUGAGAGAGAGCGAGAGAGUUGUAGAUGAGGGUAAUAGAUUCAUCCCCGUUGAGGUAACAGUGGCCAAUGAGGUAGAACUGGCCUCCAAUAUCUCACUAGUUCUGACACCCAUGAUGGCUACUGAAGAUUUUAGGCCUCUACCAACUACCAGACCAUUUGCAAGAGCUAACACUAGUAAGCUGAACGUUUUUUUAAUUCAAUCUUAUCACUCUGACUAUAGUGACUAGUAACCAUACAUUAAA